AUUGGUAUAAAACAAAACCUUUAGUGAAAUGUCUGGAUUAGGAAUAGGACUGGGGUUGAUCAUUAAAGAAUGGGAUAUUAAAAUCAGGUUUAACAUGUAAACUAAGGCGAGGACUUGCCCCAAAUAUAUAUAUAAUGUAUACUGCAUUACGUUUUAAUAGUAGCGAAAAAUAGUAUUUUUAAAUAACGCAGGUUCACAAACCACCAAGACACUGCUGAUAAACAAAACAAGAUUACGUUUUAAUAGUAGCGAAAAAUAGUAUUUUUAAAUAACGCAGGUUCACAAACCACCAAGACACUGCUGAUAAACAAAACAAGAAGUUGGGAAGCCAUUUCAUCCUUCACCCCUGUGCUUCUCUCAUCACGUGAUGUGAGUACCAGCUGACUCCGGUACGGUCUGAAUGAUACUGACGCUGAAGACUUGGAGCUGAUAAUAACUGACCAGAAUCUGAGAAAAGCAUUAACAAGACCGAGACAGGCAGCAAGGGUCAUUGUGUCGUAUACCAGCUAAAACGUAUUAAAAAAAAAAAUACAUUGCAUUAUCAAAAUAUAUACUGUAGUGAAACCAGAUCCUUAGCUCUGCUGCUUCUGCAUUUACCAAGAUGUCAGGCAAAGACAGAAUCGAUGUCUUCCCAUCCCGAAUGGCACAGACCAUCAUGAAGGCUCGAUUGAAAGGGGCUCAGACCGGACGCAACCUUCUGAAGAAGAAAGCCGACGCCCUGACCAUGCGCUUCAGACAGAUUCUUCGGAAGAUUAUUGAGACCAAGACCCUCAUGGGGGAAGUGAUGAGGGAAGCUGCUUUCUCAUUGGCUGAGGCCAAAUUUGCAGCUGGAGACUUUAGCACUACUGUAAUCCAGAAUGUUAACAAAGCUCAGGUGAAGGUCCGGGCUAAGAAAGACAACGUAGCAGGUGUGACUCUGCCUGUGUUUGAGCACUACCAUGAAGGAGGAGAUAGUUACGAGCUGACCGGUCUGGCACGAGGAGGUGAGCAGCUUGCCAAACUCAAGAGGAACUACGCCAAAGCUGUGGAGCUGCUGGUGGAACUGGCCUCCCUGCAGACUUCCUUCGUCACUCUGGACGAAGCCAUCAAGAUCACUAACCGACGUGUUAACGCUAUCGAACACGUGAUCAUCCCCCGUAUCGAGCGCACGCUGUCUUACAUCAUAACUGAGCUGGAUGAGCGAGAACGAGAGGAGUUCUACAGGUUGAAAAAGAUCCAGGAGAAGAAGAAGCAAAUCAAGGAGAGGAAUGAGAUUGAGAGGGUGGCUCGCUGUGCCAAGCUGGGUGUGGUAGAAGAGCCAGCCAACAUUCUGAUGGACGAGAGGGAUGAAGACCUGCUGUUUGAGUAGCCACAGGGACCAGCACGCCGGGCUCCGGAUUACAUGUAUAUCAGUUGUAUUUAUUGUGAGCGUUCAUGUUGUCCUGCGAUGUGUGGAGAAAAACAAAACUGUUUUACUGUUUAUUUUGUCUAAAUACAAAUACACGGUUGUAUUUGUUCCCCCAAAAGGUGCUUUUGUUGUUGUUAUCCAGAAAUGUAUGCUGUUCAAUGAAAAACUAUAACAGUAUUCCUGUUGUCUGCAAGUGAAGGUUCUUUAUGAUUUAAAUAACUGUUGACUUGAUUGUUAAAUACUCUGGAUUUACUAAUAAAGUAACUCAUCAAGGUCCAGUACAGAUGGGACCUGCUCAA